GUAAGGCAGAGUCACAACUGUGAACCACUGCGCCGCGCAAAGGAGCAACCAGCAAUCAGUGGGAAAACAACCGUGGAAUACAGGUGCCACGUUUAUCAGUUGCCAAAGAGAUAUUCGGAUGCAAAGUAGAUCGUUGCGCAAAUCUUGAAAGCUGUGGAAAAUAAGGAAGUCAAACGUUAGUUCUUGAUUUGGGAACAUAGAAGAGCAGCAGCAGCAUCAUCAUCAUGUUCAGUUGGGUGAAUAAUGAACAAGGAGGCAGAAACAAGGACGGCGAGAUGUACCAAACUGUGACGGAGGGUCUUCAACAACUUUACACAAAAAAAAUAUUCCCAUUGGAAGAAACGUAUCUUUUCCAUGAUUUCCAUUCACCGGCGUUGGAGGCAGCGGAUUUUCAGAGCAAGCCAAUGGUUCUACUGGUUGGACAGUAUUCUACGGGGAAGACAACGUUCAUAAGGUAGUGCAUCCAGACAUCUGCAACAGUUAUGCAUCCUCAUUUUUGUCACAACUGUAUUUUACCUACAGGGUCUGCCUGUCAAAUUAUUGAGUUGAAUAAUCCCUAGGCAAGUACUUUGACAAGUUGAGCUGCCAAAAUGGGGGUGAAUUGAUGUCAAAAUGUAAAUGAGGAAACAACCACUGAUGGAGAAGGUUGUUGCCCGAUGCAGCCUAAUGUGUAGUGUUGGGAAAUGAUCUAGCAUUAUGUUGAGGUUGUAGAUGUUUUUUUUCUUAAUUUUUUUAUUUUUACCAAUAUUCCAUGUUCACGUUCAAUACAACAUGAAUUAGACUUCCCUUUUUCCUUAGAUCAGGGGAGGGAGGUGCCACACUAACUGCUUCUUCUUAGAUUUUUUUUUUUUUUUAUGUCACGAGGUAGAAGCUGAGAAGUAUUAACUAUUUCCCCCUAGAGCAGUGUUUCUCAACUCCAUUCCUCGAGUACCCCCAACAGCACACAUUUGUGUUGUAGCCCCGGACAAGCACAGCUGAUUCCAUUUGUCAACUAAUCAUCAAGCCCUCAGGUAAGUUUGUAUAUCUACAUUACUGUACAACAAAAAAUGUGUGCUGUUGGGGUUACUCAAGGACUGGAGGUGGGAAACAUUGCCCUGAGAGAACAAGUUAAUCCACCAGCCUGUUCUUGAUUGGUUGCUUUCGAGUUUCCACCAUCAAUAUCAUUGUAACUUGGGUCUUUUGUGCACUCCAGGUCUCUGAACAACCAAUUGUUAUAGGCGAGAAAGAAUAAUUUCAUUAUAAAAGUCUUUCUCAGACUCAAUGUCAAUUUUGAACACUGUCAGUUUAGUGACUUGGUGAUCUGCAGGUUCUGCAGCAAGAUGGGACAUGCAGCUUCACUAUCUUUAGGAAAGGUGCCUCUGGUAGGCUACUCCAGUCUGCCAACUUCUGAAAGUAGAUGCACAAUACUGAGAAUUAGGUCAACACACCCCUUUUUGUUGCAGGGGUAACAUCUCACCUUGCAGAUUGUGCACACAAGAAGAAAUAUGGUUUCAACUUAGUCAAAUCCCUUUUAUUACUUUACCUUAAAAAACCAGAUCAACUUUAGUGAAAACAGUUUCUUAUCAUAAGUAGACUACACGAUUACUUGGUGUUCGUACUGCUCCUACACAACAGCUGAUUUCAUUCUUGCAGAGCUCAGUUACAUCAUUUUACAUUUACGUCAUUUAGCAGACGCUCUUAUCCAGAGCGACUUACAGUUAGUGCAUACAUUAUUUUGUUGUAUUUUUUUAAAAUAUUGGCCCCCCGUGGGAAUCGAACCCACAACCCUGGCGUUGCAAACGCCAUGCUCUACCAACUGAGCUACAUCCCUGCUGGCCAAUUGUGCGUCGCCCCAUGGGUCUCCCGGUCGCGGCCGGCUACGACAGAGCCUGGAUUCGAACCAGGAUCGAUAGUGGCACAGCUAGCACUGCGAUGCAGUGCCUUAGACCACUGCGCCACUCGGGAGAUUAGACAUCAGACAGGAUCCCACCCAAUUCUAAGGAAUGUAAUGAUGAAUCAGGGGAGUUGAUAAUUGCCUGAUCCCAGAUCUGUUUGUGCUGUCUUGUCAACUCCUAUGGUCAUUGUCAUGCUUAACGUGAUGUGUUUGGCGGAACAAUGACCAUAGGAGUUGGCAAGACGGCACACACCAAUAUGAGACUAGGGUAGAAAGCCAUUAAGUCCUCCUAAAGACAUGUCUUCUCCUUUGAGUGGAUGUGGCCAAGGCAAGCUGGCAUUCCUCUGUUUGAAUACCUUUGACACAAUGUCAUCCUCUCACAGGAAGGGCUGAGUACCUAUAGAAUGGCCAGAACUUUGCAGGAAAAACAAUGUUGCUCUGUUUUUUUGGUAUUGGGGGGCAUAGAUCAAGCACUACGCCAGCCUUUGAAGUGUCUUGCCUUGGCAGGUGAAAAUGUGAGCAUGUGCCAUCCAGUUAAGCCCAUAUCAAACGAAAAGCAUUUUUUAACAUGCGUGUACACGCUGGAAUUAGAAUGCACAGGAGUGAAUGAGAGAAAACAGAUAGGCCGUGAGCAUCUACGGCGUCACAGCGCGUCAAAUUAGAAAGCAAGUCUAUUUUUCUCGUGUCUACGCAGAGCAAUGCUGGUAAAAUAAGCAGAUAAACUGCAUGGGUCGUUUGUAGAAAAAGAGGAAUUAUGAUCUUCCCUAUGCUAGACUAAAGAUGUAGUUUAAAAUCUAUUGGGAUGUAAGGUUUAUCAGUCAAAUAUGCUACAUAUUUGAAAACAAUUGCAGGUUAGCUGUGUUGAUUUUGAUCAUAGGCAUAUAGCCUAGGCAGGCUACGGCUGGGAAACUCGAGGAGCCCCAAUUUUCAAGAGAGAAUACUGUUAUGUAGACAAACGAGACUAGCUAAAUUCUUUCUAAUCUGCUCGGGUGUACUAGCUACAACUCUUCUCACGUUCGUAAGCUAACAUAACUGUUUAGCGCAGGCAGGUACAGUUGCUCCUGUAGGACAUAUAAGGUGAGUUAAAAGGAACACACAACAAUAAUUCACAAGAGGUACAUAGCGAACAUAACAAAUACAACUGUUUUAUUAUGGAUUCUCAUGACAAUUAAGUUGGCAUACGCUAUACAGUAUGUGAAUUGACACUCCUCUCGCGCGCAAAUCUUGACGCCGUUGACAGCAUAUUUCCGUGUGAUUUUGGCUUUAGGCGGAUGGCCUAGCACUCCCAUAGUAUGUGGUAUUUACUCGUGAUAUUCACAUUAAUUUGCAUAUGCAAGUAUUCUUUAGUCGUUCUGCUUAAACAGAAAGGCCUAGUAAUAGUAGGCGUUGGCCUGGUGUUUGUGCAGAUGUUUCAGUCAACAGUCGGAGAGCUUUGUAAUCAUGUUGGAGUCAGAUUAUGAAUAUUGCCUUUGUUAUAUUACCUCAUCUUCAUCAACCAUCAUGCCAAGUCCUAUUGUCCAUUGUAAAACAUUAUUUGAAGUGUUGUAUUGAUAUGGUGUAUCUAGUGUCUGGAUAUAUUGCUGUAAUGUAGUGCUGAUCUCAAAAAAGAAAUGUCCACAGUGUUGAUUUACUCUUACUCUGUUCUGUUCCAGGUACCUGCUGGAGCAGGACUUCCCAGGCAUGCGGAUUGGCCCAGAGCCCACGACGGAUGGCUUCAUCGCUGUCAUGUACGGGGAGAACGAGGGCGUUGUCCCUGGCAACGCUCUGGUGGUCGACCCCAAGAAACCCUUCCGUAAACUCAACGCCUUUGGCAACUCCUUCCUCAACAGGUAAAGUGGACCGUUUUUUGUUUAUUACCGGUAACACUUUACAUUAAAGGGGAACUGCACCCGCUGAUUUGGCCUCGUUUUUUGGCUUGCUCCUCAAGAAAUGCUUGCGGCCAUGACAGAAGCCAAACGUGAGUUGGCUUCGGGGUGUGGUUUGAUGUGGGUGUUUCUUGGGUGUGUCCUUUCCACCACCAAGACAGAACCUUGCUCGCAGCUGUUUCCCCCCAUUCAAUCACAACAAACCUCCUGGAGGUUGAGUUCAAUAACUACAGGCAGAUGUAUGGUGAGAUGCUGGAAGAAGCUUUGAAUAGGUCAGUAGCCUACAGAUUAAUAUAAGAAGAAUGCAAUUGCUGAAUUUAUGGGGAUAUUCAAUUUUUUUAUUUUUAUGUAGUAACUUUUCCAUGAAGAAUAAACAAACCUUUACAUAAUACCAUAGAAUCAGUGUUCUGCCAAUAUAGCAAGGUGCACCUUUAAUUCCCAGAAAAUACAGAUACUGUGCCUAUCAGUAUUUUGUCUGGUGGUAAUGGGGCUACCUUGGCAAACUAUUUAGUGGUCAUACCUUCCUGUGUGGUGUCCCGAAUACAACAGGAGUUCCCUGAUCCUGGUGCAGAAUACACAAGGUUUCUCCCUCCCCAUAUUGACUAAUGCCAUUCAAUUCAAUAAUAAAAAAAGACAAUACAAGUAAAAGUUGUCUAGUAAACUUUUAAUACUGAGUGCCAGGUCUCUCUUCAUUCAGAAGAGACAUCAGUAUCAAGCCUGUCUGUCAGUCUGGACUUCAUCACAUCAUUUUGCAAGUCUCCAUGUGCUGGCUCCAUACAUGUUUCUGUGAACACAUACAGUGAGGGAAAAAAGUAUUUGAUCCCCUGCUGAUUUUGUACGUUUGCCCACUGACAAAGACAUGAUCAGUCUAUAAUUUUAAUGGUAGGUUUAUUUGAACAGUGAGAGACAGAAUAACAACAAAACAAUCCAGAAAAACGCAUGUAAAAAAAUAAAAAAAAAUAAGUGAUUUGCAUUUUUAAUGAGGGAAAUAAGUAUUUGACCCCUCUGCAAAACAUGAGUAAGUACUUGGUGGAAAAACCCUUGUUGGCAAUCACAGAGGUCAGAUGUUUCUUGUAGUUGGCCACCAGGUUUGCACACAUCUCAGGAGGGAUUUUGUUCCACUCCUCUUUGCAGAUCUUCUCCAAGUCAUUAAGGUUUCGAGGCUGAUGUUUGGCAACUCGAACCUUCAGCUCCCUCCACAGAUUUUCUAUGGGAUUAAGGUCUGGAGACUGGCUAGGCCACUCCAGGACCUUAAUGUGCUUCUUCUUGAGCCACUCCUUUGUUGCCUUGGCCGUGUGUUUUGGGUCAUUGUCAUGCUGGAAUACCCAUCCACGACCCAUUUUCAAUGCCCUGGCUGAGGGAAGGAGGUUCUCACCCAAGAUUUGACGGUACAUGGCCCCGUCCAUCGUCUCUUUGAUGCGGUGAAGUUGUCCUGUCCCCUUAGCAGAAAAACACCCCCAAAGCAUAAUGUUUCCACCUCCAUGUUUGACGGUGGGGAUGGUAUUCUUGGGUUCAUAGGCAGCAUUCCUCCUCCUCCAAACACGUUGAGUUGAUGCCAAAGACCUCGAUUUUGGUCUCAUCUGACCACAACACUUUCACCCAGUUCUCCUCUGAAUCAUUCAGAUGUUCAUUGGCAAACUUCAGACGGGCCUAUAUAUGUGUUUACUUGAGCAGGGGGACCUUGCGGGCGCUGCAGGAUUUCAGUCCUUCACGGCGUAGUGUGUUACCAAUUGUUUUCUUGGUGACUAUGGUCCCAGCUGCCUUGAGAUCAUUGACAAGAUCCUCCCGUGUAGUUCUGGGCUGAUUCCUCACCGUUCUCAUGAUCAUUGCAACUCCACGAGGUGAGAUCUUGCAUGGAGCCCCAGGCAGAGGGAGAUUGACAGUUCUUUUGUGUUUUUUCCAUUUGCAAAUAAUCGCACCAACUGUUGUCACCUUCUCACCAAGCUGCUUGGCGAUGGUCUUGUAGCCCAUUCCAGCCUUGUGUAGGUCUACAAUCUUGUCCCUGACAUCAUUGGAGAGCUCUUUGGUCUUGGCCAUGGUGGAAAGUUUGGAAUCUGAUUGAUUGCUUCUGUGGACAGGUGUCUUUUAUACAGGUAACGAGCUGAGAUUACGAGCAGUCCCUUUAAGAGUGUGCUCCUAAUCUCAGCUCAUUACCUGUAUAAAAUACACCUGGGAGCCAGAAAUCUUUCUGAUUGAGAGGGGGUCAAAUACUUAUUUCCCUCAUUAAAAUGCAAAUCAAUUUAUACAUUUUUUACAUGCGUCUUUCUGGAUUUUUGUUGUUGUUAUUCUGUCUCUCACUGUUCAAAUAAACCUACCAUUAAAAUUAUAGACUGAAAAUGUAUUUGUCAGUGGGCAAAUGUACAAAAUCAGCAGGGGAUCAAAUACUUUUUCCCCUCAUUGUACACACAUAGUCACUGUUCUAUUACCAAUGUUAGGAUGGGUAAUAUCUGACACAAAUGGUACGAUGUUGAAGUUUGAAUCGGUCAGAUAAAACCUACCCAAUGAUGGUCUCGCCAUCAAAUGACUGAGGCUGGCGUCUGGCAAAAGCAUCUAUAGUCAUCUGUAGAAAUAGGCAGAGUUGAUGCAGAGUUCAUUUGUGACACAUGGAAUGAAAAGGGUGUUGCUAAUACUGGACCUUUCUGCUGUACUGUAUUAUUAGUAAUCCCCUUCAGUCCCACAUUGUGGAUGUGUUGAGUGCCAGGUCUCUCUCCAUUCAGAGACGUUCGUACCAAGCCUGUCCAUUGAUCAGGACUCCAUCACACCAUCUUGCAAGUCUCCAAGUGCUGGCUCCAUAGAUGCAUCUCUGAAUAUCUGACAAACAUACUAUGUUGAAGUUUGAACAGGUCAGACUAAACCUACCUAAUUCUGGUCUCCCCAUCGACAACCGUUGGUGAGUAGACAAGGUGAGGCUGGAGGUAAGGUCUUUGCCAGCUCCACAUUGAAGGACAUGGCAGCGUAGAUCAGCUCCUGGCCCCUCAUCAAAGAUUCUGGUUGGACACACACACACAAACACGUGAUUACAUUAUCAAUGGUUGUUAUGAUUAGCCUGGUGGAACCAACCUGAUCACUGCGUUCACCUUUCUAUUUCACUUCAGAUAAUAUAAUGUGAAAUGGAAUAGUGAACACAGCGAUCAGGUUAGGUUAUGCCCUGGACAUUAAAUGCAUCUAGGAAGUAGAAAAUAAGCAACAAAUAAUAUCAGUUUAGAUACAUUAUGUUUCACAAUUGGGUUAUCACAUGUAUCAAAAUAAUGUGGGUUACCUUCUGUAUUUGUACAAAUGAUCAGCCUGUGAAAGCUGUUGCUGCUGACAGGUGAAGGUUGGUGGUCGGAUACUUACCUAAAUGUGUCUGACUGUUCCAUUCAUAGGAAUGCUCACAGCGAGAGCAUGUCUGCAUGAUGCUGAUGAGGGCCUCCUUGCUGGUCUUCUCUGUGCUGCAUGUUUGGCUGCAAGCUGGACAUCUCUUGAAAAACUGCAGUAUGCAAUCUUAUGAGGUGGUGUUGACUGAGGGGGCCAGUGACUGGGUGAUAUAAUAGACGGCUGAAUGGUGAAUUGCAUUUUGUUCUAAAGAAAGGACAGAGCUUUUUGCUAGUGCACUUCACAACUAAAAUGCCUACUAGUUAUACAGUGGGGAGAACAAGUAUUUGAUACACUGCCGAUUUUGCAGGUUUUCCUACUUACAAAGCAUGUAGAGGUCUGUAAUUUGUAUCAUAGGUACACUUCAACUGUGAGAGACGGAAUCUAAAACAAAAAUCCAGAAAAUCAAAUUGUGUGAUUUUUAAGUAAUUAAUUUGCAUUUCAUUGCAUCAUGAGGCCACUAUCUGCUUGGCUGGGGAAUAAGCCUACUAGUUUAUUAAGGUAUUUUUUAAUACAACUUUUCACAUAACACACCUUACCUGCCACUAUCAGAGGCCUCAUGAUGCCGUGUCCUUCUCAUAAGAGUUGAGGGAGACUUUGGCAACAACGGAAGAGGUGUCACAAGGGUAAUUGUGUCGCAUUACACACUUUUGUUCUGAGAUCUUGCUUGACAAGCUGUGAAAAUAGCAGGUGAACAGUGAAUGAAAUGAUUUUGGGAGGUCACUAAACCAUUGCAAUCAUAUUUCUGGACAUGUUAUGAGACCCACCUUAGCUCCUUCUAGUAGAUCCCGGCAUCCGUUCAUGACCAGGGGAUCAGUCUGGCACCCAACUGUGCAUUUUGUCUAACAGAAAAACAGGGUCAACGAUUGUCAUCAUCCCUCAAUUGUAAACAUAGCUAGAGAAAUAACGUAAUCUUGUUUGGAAGGUAAUUCUAUGCUUUACAGAUAUCGACUGACUGGAUCCAGAUUGGAUUCAGGCCGGUGACGCCGUUACAAAAUGCAACCAACUGUGACAUGUUUUGUUAUGGCCCUGGGUUGGUUUGAGUUUGUUGCUGCUAGUUAGUACACUGUCGUAGUCACACAUGAGUUAGCUAGUACCACCAUACAUUUAAUUUUUUUUUUUUACAUUUGAGUGAUUUAGCAGACGCUCUUAUCCAGAGUGCAUACAUUAUUAUUAUUAUUAUUUUUUUAUACUGGCCCCCCGUGGGAAUCGAACCCACAACCCUGGUGUUGCAAACACCAUGCUCUACCAACUGAGCUACAUCCCUGCCGGCCAUUCCCUCCCCGACGCUGGGCCAAUUGUGCGCCGCCCCAUGGGUGCAUACAAUAUUUAUUUGUGCCCUAGACAUGGGUUGCACAUCGGAGGCUAAUUUGACUGUUUCGUCUAAAUUACAGUAACUUAUAGUGACAUGGAAUUACAUCUAGUAGGAAACGACUGUCAUAUUAUGUCGUCAAAUAUACUUUAGAGAGAUGGCAAUGUUGCCAAUACUGUUAGCUAGCUAAUAUACGGUGGUCCCCUCAAUCUUAGUUAGCUGGCUAAAGUUAUAGCUACUGCAUCUUAAGUCAAUCUGGCUAUAUCACAAUCUUGACAAAAGGUUUUCCUAAUAAUUAUUUGCCUACUUUUGAAAGGUUAUCGUGUUUCCAAGCCAAAUCCGAGUUGUAUUGAGGUAGGCUAACAUUAGCCAGCUAGCUAGCUAGUUGGGUAGCUAUGCUAGGGAUGAUGGUGAUAAUGAUGAUCAAAAUAUACAUAACCAGCAGUAUAUGGUCUAGCUACUCACCACCAUUGGGGACCAACAAACUCCAACCACCUAUUCCGCACGGUAGGGUCCUUCAGCAGGGCAUGCAAACCAUAGUUGGCUGUGCAUCCUGCUGGAAGCAUGCAUUGCCGAGCCGGAUGCAUGGUCAUUCCAUACAGGGCUUUUCAGUCUCAAAUGGCCAUGAUCCUUUGAACGCGUUGGGGGUGAUGAAACAUCGGAGCCCCAUUCAAUGAAGGGAAGCAAAGUGGGCAGAGGGGUGAUUUGCAAAACAGGGCAUGAAUUGUUGACAUAAUUGUAAUCCAAACCCAACCUUCAUUUACUCGUUGUGACGCACUCAGGUUUAAAACUCAGUUUUAGACGAGACUGACUUCAUGACAAAAAAAUCCUAUUUACACUUUGUAGUCAAUUUUGACACUAGAAUAUGUGUUUCUGACUCAUCGAUGCGACACAGGCCGUUUUCAAAGGGAUUAGUUGUUUUUUAGGGGCAGUCGCUUUUUAAAUAGUUUUCACAAAGCUGUUAAUACAUUAUUAUGUAACAACAAUAUUGUAACAAGUAAUUCGUGUUAUUACACAGGUAUAAGCAUAGAAUUACAUAACUUUAAUUUGAAGAUAUCUGUGGGUAUAAGAGCAACUCAAUAUCAGGGGUUACCCACAUAGUGACAUAAUUGUUACUGAAAUGCUGUGGCAUGUGGAAAUGUCCAUUACAUAAAUAGGCAGCUGAGCCUUGGUAGGAAUUUCUAACAGCCCCCCUAGCUGAUAACUCAAGGUGAAGACAUUUUCUUUGAUAUGAGUAUUGAUUGAUUACAACCAGACACCACCUCCCCCUGUCAUUAAUUAUGAGUUCAUAUUAUCUGUUAUCUUAUCUAUGUUUACCUCCCUCUCUCACUUUGUCCUCAUAAAUCAGACAUUAGUGACAUGGGGGGGGUCCCUGUUCAUUAUAACAUCCUGAAUAAGUCAUUCUUGUGCAGCGAGAACACAUAUUUGAAAUGAUAUUUUUUCACAUUAUAAACAUGUUUUGUUGAGUACAUUCGUCCAAGCCUGCAUUCCUGCAGUGCAACAAUUGGGCUUUUCUCUCCCUGUGGUUACAAGAUUUGGUUGAAUUGUGUCCUAUGGUGAUUGACAAAGCAGAUCCAGUUGAUGUAAUCAUGUUGAAAAAAGCAGAGGUUAGGGAUUAUUUUGGUAUUGUCGUCCCAUUGCUUCCUGUCAGCCCUUUUGACAUAGCUGUCAUUUUCUUCCAAAAACAGUUAGGAGAGGGAAGUGACUUUGUCACUUUUCAUUUAUUGUAGCUGUAGCACUGUCUUGAAUUUCUGUUGGCUCAGUCAAGAGGUUCUCUUAGCAUUAAUUUUAGCUAAACAACAAUUGUCUGAAGCAUGUUUCCUUUUUCCAGAUAUUUAUAAUCCAUGGGAAAUGGUUAAGUACUUCUAUGACAGUUGGCCAAGUUAAGGUCAAAGACAUUCUUGACAGGACAGAGGACAUCUCCUCCUUUCCAGAGGAACCACUGACAAUGCACAUUGUUUCCAGUGGAAUUUAAUGUGCGUCACACAAGAUGUCACUUGGAGUAUGUCUCCCCCCCCCCCCCCCCCCCCAACUCAGUUAUCUUACAUGGGUGAAUUUAUAGCACUUAAGUUGAUGCCAUGGUUGCAUACUAGGCCUACAAGUGCCCAGACAAAAAUAAUAGACAUCACCGGUGUUGGCCUGAAUCUGCCAAACAAGCCAGAUCUCUGUUACCAUCACACAUGAUCUGAUCUGAAUGGCUAAAUCACUGCUCCUCCAAAGCAAAAACAUACCAGCUUUAGAAAUGGGAAAGGAUGGGGUAAAAAAAGAGGAAGAAAACGUCUUGAAUAUGUUUUGACAACAUGAGUUUAUCAGGGUGUUUUCUGGAGCUGCUCUUCAAAUCAUGUAUUGUGUUUUCUCUUCUCCUGUAGGUUCAUCUGUUCCCAGAUUCCUAACCAGGUCCUCCAGGGUAUUAGUAUAAUUGACACACCAGGAAUCCUGUCUGGAGAGAAGCAACGCAUUAGCCGAGG